CUUCGCAUGCAGUUAGAGAGACGCAUGCGUGUUUUGACUUUGCGACCAUAUGUAAGCAACAGCGGUGAGCAGGCGAGGAUCAGGAACAUUUCACCACUGAUUCCAGCAAUCAAGGAUAAUGGGGAAGAAACAGAAAAACAAGGGCGAAGACAGCUCCAAAGAUGACGGCAUCGACAUCGACGCCCUCGCUGCGCAGAUCGAGGGGGCCGGCGCGCCGAAAGAACAGGCCAAGGGGCGGAGCAAGAAGAAGAAGGCCGCAAAGAAGGAGGAGUUUGAUGAAGAGGACAUUUUGAAAGAGCUGGAGGAACUCUCUAUAGAAGGAUCCAAAACCAGUAAAGAAACGGCUGUGGACAAGAUUCCUGAUGCCACAGAGGAGGCGGAGCCUGAGCCCAGCUCCGCCCUCACAAAGGCAGAGAAGAAGAAGCUGCGCAAGGGGAAGAAGGGAAGCCUGGAGGACGAGGACGGCGAGGAGGGCCGGAGCCCCGGGGAGGCGGAGAACGGCGACGGGCAGAGGGCCAGGAGCGCCGCGCCGGACUCGGACUCCGAGGAAGAGGACGCCAAGCCCCGGAGGAAGAACAAGGUGGGCAAGAAGGGCGGCCGGAGACAGUCCGACUCGGAGGAAGAGGACGAGGACGGAGGGGGGCCGGGCGACUCGGACUCGGACGACGACUUCGCCCCGGCGGCCCCGGCGGCCCCGGCGGCCCCCAAGGGCCGCAAGGCCAAGGGCCGGGCGGCGGACAGCGGGGGGGAGGACGACGGAGCGGAGGAAGAGGAGGGCAACUUCAAGAUGAAGACCGCGGCGCAGAAGAAGGCGGAGAAGAAGGAGCGCGACCGCAAGAAGAAGGAGGAGGAGAGAGCCAAGCUGCGCAAACAGAAGGAGAAGGAGAAAGAAAAGGAGGAGAAGGAGAAGGAGAAGGAGGAGGUGGAGGCGGAGAAGGUCGCCGAGGCCAAGCCCCAGAAGGAUCCGGAGCCCGCCCCUCCUGCCACGGCGAUGGUUGCCGACGAGCAGGAAGGAGCUGAAGCCCAAGGCGAAGAGGAGGUGGAGGGAGACAAGAAGAAAAAGGACAAGAAGAAGAAGAAGGGAGAGAAGGAGAAGGAGAAGGAGGAGAAGAAGAAGGGCCCCAGCAAGGCGGCGGUGAAGGCCAUGCAGGAGGCGCUGGCGCGCAUGAAGGAGGAGGAGGAGCGGGCCAAGCAGGAGGAGGAGGACCGGAUCAGACGGCUGGAGGAGCAGGAGGCGCUGCGGCUGGAACAGGAGCGUCUGGAGCAAGAGAAGAAGGAGAAGAAGAAACAGAAGGAGAAGGAGAGGAAGGAGAGGCUGAAGAAGGAGGGGAAGCUGCUGACCAAGGCGCAGAAAGACGCCCGAGCCAGGGCUGAGGCCACGCUGAAGCUGCUGCAGGCGCAGGGUGUGGAAGUGCCAUCCAAAGAUUCCGUGCCAAAGAAGAAGCCGGUGUAUUCAGACCGGAGGAAAAAGAAGCCCACCGCACAGACCCCCGAGGAAAUGUCGGAGCUGACGUCGCCCACGUCGGACGUCCCCGAGCCCGUCUCCAUGGAGAUGGAAGUGAAGGUGAAGACUCCGGAGCAGGAGCCAGAGAAGGAAGUGAAACCCGAGGCGGCGGCCGAUGUGGACGACUGGGAGGCCAUCGCCAGCGACGAGGAGAAGGAGAUGAAGAAAGUCCACAUAGAGGUGAAGGAGACUCCUGCUGAGGAAGAGGAGGAGGAGGCCAGUGAGGAAGAGGAGGAGGAGGAGGACGAGGAGGAAGGGGAUGAGGAAGAUGAAGAGGAGGAGGAAGAGAGCGAGGAGGAGGAAGAGGAGGUGGCACCAGCACCGCGCAGCAGGAAGAAGAGCGGGAGGGAGCAGACCUCCGACUCCAGCAGCGAGAGCGACUCCGAUGAUGGCCGCAGCAAAGAGGAGAGACUGUACGACCGAGCCAAGAGACGCAUCGAGAAACGGCGACAGGAGAACCUGAGGAACAUAAACCUGGAUAAGCUGCGGUCUCCGGUGGUGUGUGUGCUGGGCCACGUCGACACAGGGAAGACCAAGAUCCUGGACAAGCUCAGACACACUCAUGUCCAGGACGGAGAAGCGGGCGGCAUCACUCAGCAGAUCGGAGCCACCAACGUCCCCCUGGACACCAUCAUCGAGCAGACCAAGAUGGUGAAGAACUUCGACAGGGAGAGCAUUAAGAUUCCGGGGAUGCUGAUUAUCGACACACCGGGACACGAGUCCUUCAGUAACCUGAGGAACAGGGGCAGCUCGCUGUGUGACAUCGCCAUCCUGGUGGUGGACAUCAUGCACGGGCUGGAGCCUCAGACCCUGGAGUCCAUCAACCUGCUGAAGAAGAAGAAGUGCCCCUUCAUCGUCGCACUCAACAAGGUCGACCGUCUGUACGACUGGAAGAAGAGUCCGGAGACGGACGUGGUGGCCACUCUGAAGAAGCAGAAGAAGAACACCAAAGACGAGUUUGACGAGAGGACCAAGGUGGUCAUUGUGGAGUUCGCCCAGCAGGGCUUGAACGCGGCGCUCUUCUUCGAGAACAAGGACCCGCGCGCCUUCGUCUCCCUGGUGCCCACCUCGGCCCACUCGGGCGACGGCAUGGGCAACCUCAUCGCCCUGCUGGUGGAGCUGACCCAGACCAUGUUGGCACGGCGACUGGCGCAGUGCGACGAGCUCCGCGCCCAGGUCAUGGAGGUGAAGGCUCUGCCGGGCAUGGGCACCACCAUCGAUGUCAUCCUGAUCAACGGCCGUCUGCGGGAGGGCGAGACCAUCAUCGUCCCGGGCGUGGAGGGGCCCAUCGUCACACAGAUCAGGGGCCUCCUGCUGCCCCCGCCCCUCAAGGAGCUGCGCGUCAAGACGCCGUACGAGAAGCACAAGGAGGUGUCGACGGCGCAGGGCGUGAAGAUCCUGGGGAAGGACCUGGAGAAGACGCUGGCGGGGCUCCCCCUGCUGGUGGCGCACAAGGAGGACGAGGUCCCCGUGCUGCGGGACGAGCUGGUGCGGGAGCUGAAGCAGACUCUGAGCUCCAUAAAGCUGGAGGAGAAGGGCGUGUACGUGCAGGCCUCCACGCUGGGGUCCCUGGAGGCCUUGCUGGAGUUCCUCCGCACCUCCAAAGUGCCAUACGCCGGUAUUAACAUAGGCCCCGUCCACAAGAAGGAUGUGAUGAAGGCGUCCACCAUGCUGGAACACGACCCCCAGUACGCUGUGAUCCUGGCUUUCGAUGUGAAAGUGGAGCGUGAUUCUCAGGAGAUGGCCGACGGCUUGGGGGUGCGGGUGUUCAGCGCCGAGAUCAUCUACCACCUGUUCGACGCCUUCACCAAGUACAGGGAGGACUACAAGAAGCAGAAACAGGAUGAGUUCAAGCACAUCGCCGUGUUCCCCUGCAAGCUCCGGAUCCUUCCGCAGUUCAUCUUUAACUCCCGCGACCCCAUCGUCAUGGGCGUGACCGUGGACGCCGGCGUGCUGAGACAGGGGACCCCCCUCUGUGUGCCCAGCAAAGGGUUUGUGGACAUCGGCAUCAUCACCAGUAUUGAGAUAAACCACAAGACCGUGGACGCGGCUAAGAAGGGACAGGAGAUCUGCGUGAAGAUCGAGCCCAUCCCCGGAGAGUCUCCCAAGAUGUACGGCCGACACUUUGAAGCCACGGACAUCAUCGUCAGCAAGAUCACGCGAGCUUCGAUCGAUGCGCUGAAGAACUGGUUCAGAGACGAGAUGCAGAAACCGGACUGGCAACUCAUCAUGGAACUGAAGAAGACCUUUGAGAUCAUCUGAGCAGAGGAGCAGGCACUCACAUAUAUACACACACAACUCUCUCCAACAUGCACGCACAUACACAUGCACAAAUCCCUCCAAAACACAUGUAGGGAGUUGUGCGUAUAGUGUGUGUACAACACACACUACACACAACUACUUGCAACACACACAAAUUACACCACAAACUCGUGACCGCACACACAUUAAACACUGACACACACAAACACAGACACACACAAACACACACACAUUAAACACACACACACGCACACCUGCAUGUACGUGCUUUCUGGGGUGCAGGGCCUGCCCCCCCGGCCCCCCCUCGCCUUCUGCGGGGGGGGGGGUAUGAGCGCGGUCUUUAAUGGAAAAGUAAAUGUUUUCUGUGAGAAACCAAAACUAUUUCCACUGGUUUGUCAGUGACAGUUUUUUCAACAUUUACACACUAUUCCAACGUGCCUGUUAAUUCUGUUCCCCGCUCCCCCACAGCUGCCUGCCCCUACCCUGAGACCCCCCCCCCUCCCCCUGGGGCACCUGGGAGACCGGGCGGAGGCCAUUUUGUGUUCCGGCAGGGGCUCAUACGGAGGGGGAGGUUGUCACUCGCCAGUUUUAGUUCUAUUACCUCGUCACUGUUUUUCAGGGUUUUUUUUUUUUGGGGAAUGCGGUUUUACGGCUCGGAUAUAUAUUUUUUUCUUGUUAAUCCUCCUCUGUCACCAUCCUUGAAAUGGGCUCUGCCCAGUGCCUAGAGACACUUUUAUUGUGAAAGAUUUAACUGAAACAUUAUCCCCCAACCGGACCCCAAGUGUGAACUGUGAUGAGAGCAAAAAAAAACAACAAAAAAAACGUUAAAAAUCAAUAAAGCUAUGGCCUAUUUAUAGAAACUCCCGUCUUCUGCCUUUUGUUGCUUGUACAGGUAAACGGCGAUGGGCGUUCUGAAGGCUGACUGUAAUUAAAAUGAAAAUAAAGUGGCGACGUCA